AUGAAGAUGCCUCAACGUCUUCUUACUUUGGCAGCACUCCUCACUGUACUCGUCAUCCUCCUUCUCAACACCGCGAUGGUCAGCAGACUGUUUUCAGUAUCAGCUGAAUACCGGGAACAAAUAAACAAAGCCGCCGACCGAGUGCACCUUGUUUAUAAAGACCCUUACCGGAUCGACUAUGCCAACACAGCAGCCGGGGCCAAUAGGGCUCAUCUGCAUCUUUUGCGAAAGAACCUCAACAAGAGUAAUGCAACAAGCGGUGCUGGCGGUGGCGGCGGCGGUGGCGGUGGAGGUGGUGGAACUGCAAAUGGCGGUGACGGGGAUGAUGACAACAUGAGCGUCGAGCGGGAAAAGGCGGCGCAUGAUCAAAACGACACGCCGGAACAGGAAGACGACACAGUUUUCCGGCGGGAACACCACCAACAGCAACAAAGUGGUUAUUAUAAUGAACUUCAGCGACGUUUGGACAAGUCCCUUCGUUGGUACAAAAGCAAACGGACGGCGUUAUUAAAUGCUGAUAUCCUCAGACACAGCAUAAACACGUCGGAUAGCACAUUGUAUAUCAAAGAUCUUCAGCAUAUUGUACAAAAGUAUUUCAGGGAAAAACCCAACACAGUGCCAAUGAGACGAAGGAAUCUACGGUUGCCCAAUCUGAAGACGAUUUUCCAGGAUUACGGAAUGAUGUCAAAACUGACAAGUUGGGAAGCAGUUUUUUACAACAUUCAGCAAGAUGCUCUUUACGAUGGCCGAGAUCCAGUGAUCAAUGCAGUCCUUAAAGAUUUGGCUGAGCAGCCAAUCGAAGAAGUUGAAAUGAAAACCGGUGGAACCCAACUGAAGCUUAUAUUUACAUUCCAGAAUGAAGGAAGAGCCUUAUUUAAGCCGAUGAGAUUUCCACGAGACAAAGAGACUUUACCGAACCAUUUCUACUUUGUUGAUUUUGAGAGACACAAUGCAGAAAUUGCUGCUUUCCACUUGGACAGGAUCCUUAAUUUUAAUCGGGUACCACCAAACACUGGUCGCCUCAUCAAUAUGACACGUGAUAUUAAAAGAUUAGCCGACAAGAAAUUGGCCAAGACAUUCUUUAUAUCUCCAGCACAGAAUGUUUGCUUCCACGGCAGCUGUUCUUAUUACUGUGACACCAGCCAUGCUAUCUGCGGUAACCCUGACAUGCUAGAGGGUUCCUUUGCGCUGCUCUUGCCCCCGGAGAAAGUCGCACCUCGCAAAACAUGGCGAUCUCCAUGGAGACGUUCUUACUCGAAACACCGCAAAGCAUUAUGGGAGAUUUACGAUGACUACUGUGACCAGGUCCGAUUGAAACCUCCUUUCAACAAAGGACGUCGACUCGUAGACAUGAUGGAUAUGGCUGUGUUCGACUUUUUGACAGGUAAUAUGGAUCGCCAUCACUAUGACACGUUCAGAGAAUUUGGUAAUGAUACUUUUCCCUUACACCUGGAUAAUGGCAGAGCUUUUGGUAAAAGUCAUCAUGAUGAACUUACAAUUCUUGCACCUGUCUACCAAUGCUGCCUGAUUCGUUAUUCAACGCUAUUGAAACUCUUUCAUUUUUAUCAGGGGCCGGUUCCCCUGAGCCAAUUAAUGCAACAGUCGAUGGCCGCAGAUGCCCUUUUCCCAAUUCUGACAGACUCUCAUUUGCAGGCACUGGACAGGCGAGUUGGAAUUGUUUUGCGUACUGUCUACGAGUGCAUCAUGCGCGGGAACGCUGUAGCCGACGUUAUAGUAGAUGAUGGAUUCUAG